GAGCCUGCCCUGAUGCCAACCCUCUUGUGUGGUUGCUCAGUAUUUGGCACAGGGGCCCCACUAAUCUUUUCUCCUGCCUGCUAGACAUCCGUUGGCAUCCAGGCGCCCCUAAAUCUUGCAGGAGGAAUUCCUGGACCCUUCAGAGAUUUUCAGGAACAAGCUUGGGUCUCCGACACAGAUUGAUGGGGUUUUAAAUAGACCAUCCACCCAACUGCCACCAUGAGGUCGGUGUGUCUCCUCCUACUCUGUUUACAAGGGAUAUUUGCUCAGCUGGAAACGGACCCUCUCUUCCCGUAUGACAACAACCCAGAUAUCCCCAAUUAUUACUAUUAUGAUGGAGACACAACCGGAACUCCUUUCCAGCCCCCAGACCAAGUUCAUCAGCAGAACCCACAACAACAGCAGUUGCAGCUGCAGCUUGACCCAAUUGAACAGGAACCUCAGCAGCAGCAGCAGCUUCAGCAACAGCAAGAGAUCAUCGCUGUGCCCACCCUGGACCCCGCUGUGACUGAGCCGACAGAGCCGGGACCUCUGGAUUGUCGGGAGGAGCAGUAUCCAUGUACCCGUCUGUACUCAGUACACAAACCCUGCAAGCAGUGCCUGAAUCAAAUCUGCUUCUAUAGCCUGCGGCGCAUGUACGUGGUCAAUAAGGAAAUCUGUGUCCGUACAGUUUGUGCACACGAGGAGCUUCUGAGAGCGGAUCUGUGCCGAGACAAGUUCUCUCGCUGUGGGGUGAUGGCCAAUAGUGGCCUGUGCCAAUCAAUGGGAUCUCACUGCUCCAGGAGCUGCGGCAGCUGCUAAGGAUCUGCAAUGGGGCCACAGCAGAAGGACGGGGCUCUGUCACAUUGUCCCACUCGGGGGGCUUACCAGUGGGUCGGGGUCGCUAGUAUUAGUGUAUCGUUUAUGUUACUGUAUUGUACUAUAUGUGCCGCCAGCAAAUAGGGGCACCGAGGGCUGUUAGCCUCCGUAUCUCUACUGUUUAUGCCAUAUGAUAGUCAGCCCUACUCACUGCACAGAUCUUAUGCCCACCGGCAGUCAGCGGGUUUCCUAAUAAACCUCAUGCCAAUUGCCAGCCUUGGUGGGGGGCACAGACAGCUGGUCUCUUCCAAUGGGAAACUAGAGGCCCACCAGCUCUUACACCCCAACAUUGGCAAUGGGCUAACUGCCGGGACCCAGAUUUUAGCCUCUUCCUUGUUCCCAUCAUGCAUUUCACUACUAUCCUCCACUUUGUACCAGGCCCCUGCAUCUCUUAUCCCUGUGCCCCCCAAUCUCCUCCACUCCCCAUCACACUCCCAGAUGUCCCCCCACAUAUAGAGUUACCUUCUGUCCCCCAGUGUCACAUUAGGGCUGCUCUUACUUGACUUCUUUUUGUAAUAUGUUUUGUACAAAAGAUGAAUAAAGUGCAGAAUUUUA